CAGCAUUUGUUAUUUCAAAUUAGUGCAUUUUAAUUCCAGUCAGUGUUGUAAACUGAUAACUGUCUUUCUAUUCAGCAAUGUAUUCUGGUAAUCGAGUGCUGCCUUCUCACAGUCCAGUUUUUAUGUCAAGCUGAGACUGUGUGCAUUGAAGACAUGGAGGAAGUACCCCAGGCAGUUCUCCACAUUAUGAAUGCUUCUUUUCAACAUUGUGACAGUAGCAGAGACACUUAUGCAGAUUGUUUCGAGGCAGUCAGCGAUUCUUUAACCGAGCUCUGUCGUCAGACGGUGGAACUUAGCUUGCAUUUUGCAAACUUCGCACCCAAGAUUACUUUUGAUACUUUUGAUGAGUCAGAUCUGGAUGCUCUUGUUUGUAUUUGUGAGCAGCUGUGCACGACAGCUUCCCACUUGUCACGGCUCUCGGACUUGAAAGCUUUUGUGGGUGUUUGGCGAGUGUAUGCUAAUCUCGUCAGUCAGCAUCACAGUUCCUUGACGACGGCCUUAGAUACUUCAGUUCCUCUGAAGGCCCUUGCGAAGGAAAUAAGUAACGGUUUUGAAAUGCUAAAGACACUUCCAUUUGAUGACAAGGAGUCGGCCGCUAGAACUCAGAAAAUAAUGCAGCGCACCAUCAAGACGAUGAACUUCUGCCUCAAAAUUGUGGUUGCAAUAUGCGAGAAGUAUCGAGGAUAUUUACGGGCUGGUCAUUGCAGCAUUGCGUCUCUUCUUUUGUUGCUCUUCAGAUAUUCGCCUGGCAACGUCGUUAUGAAGAAUUUUCCCCAUGAAUUGAAGGAUGAAGUAGAAACUCAGCUCAUGAUAGGUAUCGAGCCACUACUUCUUCAUCUUAGGGAAGAUGAGGAUUUUGUUAAGGUACUUUUCGAAGACAAGAAAGAACUAAUGGACGAGAUAAUGAAAGAUUGGAGUAGUUAUUUACUUCUUUUAAUAGCUGUAGCGGUCCCUCCUUCAGCGACUGUAGUCAUUCAUAUGAAGAAGUUUCUCUCUGCCAUAUUUUCGGCAAUGCAGAAAAGUCAUGUUUCUUUGUCAUUUCCAUGCACCAUGAAUGGGGUAAUGUGCAAAGGAAAACGGCAGAGCGAGGUGCCAUUAUACGAGCACGUACUAACACGGAUGUGCGUCCUUGUGGCCGGUUUUGAUGGCACCCAGUUUAAAGUCCUGGAGGAAAUUCUUACGAAGUGGCUGUUGAGCGGCCAAACGUGGCCAGCUCUUUUAGCUGCUGAUGUGUGGUGCUUUGUUGCAAGGUAUGGAACGAGUGAGCUGUGCUGGGAUUACUGCAUACUGCUGUUGGACAUAUUACCCAAGAGAAGAGUUCACUCUCACCAACGUCUGAUCGUGGCAUCACUCUUGAGUCGGCUGAUUGCCAAGCUAGCGCCCAAAGACAGGGAGAAGUUGGUCUCGAUUUUGAAGGAAAGAAGUAAGGAGGGCGUCAGUUCGUAGACCUUGGCUAGAAAA